UUUUUAAGCUUUCAUAUACCUUUCUCCUAUAAAUCCCCACCUCAGUUUCUCUCAAACAUUCACCAAAAUCUCUCUUUCUCUCUUCCUCCCAUCAUCAAUAUCUUCACAAUGUUGCCAAGAAGUAGAACCAUGCCAUCAAGAAUCGUUCAUGGAGUUGUCGAAGAGCGACACGAUAUCAUGCACUAUUGGAAAGUUGAUGAUCGAACUAACGCUAGCACCGAGACCCAAGCCAUGAACAUUGAAGACAAUUAUUCAAAGAGUUUCGAUGAUGAUGGUCGUUUAAAGCGUACAGGUACUUUUUGGACAGCAUCAUCACAUAUCAUCACCGCAGUGAUCGGGUCAGGAGUCUUAUCCUUGGCAUGGGCCGUUGGGCAACUCGGUUGGGUUGCUGGACCGAUCAUUAUGAUACUGUUUGCUUUAGUUAUUCUUUAUACUUCUAAUUUGUUGUCGCAGUGUUAUAGGUCCGGUGACCCGGUCACCGGACCUAGAAGCUAUACCUACAUGGAGGCUGUAAAGGCUCAUCUAGGAGGGCGUAAAGUGAAAGUAUGUGGCAUGAUACAAUACAUCAAUUUAUUUGGGGUUGCAAUUGGUUACACGAUCGCAGCCUCGGUUAGCAUGAUGGCGAUAAAAAGAUCAAAUUGUUUUCACAAAAGCCAUGGAAAGGACCCAUGCCAUAUGUCAAGCAAUGGAUACAUGAUAACAUUUGGGAUUAUAGAAAUACUUUUUUCCCAGAUUCCAGAUUUCGAUCAAGUAUGGUGGCUUUCCAUAGUUGCAGCUAUUAUGUCGUUCACUUACUCUUUUAUCGGUCUUGCACUUGGGAUUGCAGAAACGACAGAAAAUAAAGAAAUCAAAGGGAGUUUGACUGGGAUAAGCAUAGGAACAUUAACUCAUGCGGGUACAGUUACUGCAACCCAAAAGUUAUGGAGGAGCUUUCAAGCAUUAGGAGCUAUUGCUUUCGCAUAUUCAUAUUCCAUUAUUCUCAUUGAAAUUCAGGACACAAUUAAAGCACCUCCGGCUGAAUAUAAGACGAUGAAAAAGGCGACUUAUUUGAGUAUUUUUGUGACGACGGCAUUUUAUAUGCUUUGUGGGUGUAUGGGGUAUGCUGCUUUUGGAGAUGAGGCCCCAGGGAAUCUCUUAACCGGGUUCGGGUUUUAUGACCCGUAUUGGCUACUUGACAUAGCCAAUAUCGCCAUUGUAGUGCAUCUCGUUGGUGCUUAUCAGGUUUAUUGCCAACCAUUAUUUGCAUUCGUGGAGAAAUGGAGUGCACAAAGAUGGUCGAAUAGUGAUUUUGUGACAGCGGAAUAUGACCUCCCAAUUCCCUUUUAUGGGAUUUUUCAUGUCAAUUUCUUUCGUGUUGUGUGGAGAACUAUUUUUGUGAUUGUAACCACUGUCAUAGCAAUGCUUAUGCCUUUCUUUAACGAUGUGGUUGGACUACUAGGAGCCUUAGGGUUUUGGCCAUUGACAGUUUACUUCCCUAUUGAAAUGUAUAUGUCUCAAAAGAAGAUCAAAAAAUGGUCAAGCCAAUGGAUCGGGUUUCAGAUACUCAGUUUCGGGUGCCUUUUGGUUUCUAUAGCAGCGGCUGUUGGAUCGGUUGCAGGAGUUGUGCUAGAUUUGAAGACUUACAAGCCAUUCAAGACCAGUUAUUGAUCAAUAACAUGUUUAAUGAUAUAUGCAAUCUCUACGAGAGUUUUAAUGGACAGCUUUUGAUGUAUUCUUAUCUUAUGUAGAUCAAUGAAGUGUUAAUACUUUUUUUUUGAAAUAUUAUGUAUUAUUAAAUGGGGAAAA